GUCACAUGGGAGGGUUUUCUCGCUAUUGGUUUUGCCUGAGAUUAGAAUGAACUUUGUCUCAGUUCCUCUUGAAAAGGGAAAGAGAAUCCCAGCUUAAAUUUGUAGCUCAGAAUUUGACAUAUAUCCUUAAAAUAACGAUCACAGUCGUUACCAGCUGGACGAUAACGUUUCACAGAGAAUGACACGGUUAAUGGUGAAAACUGUGAGAGUCACUGAGCGCUUUUAUUAUACGUGAGUCUGUCUGCGGUUUGGACGCUCUUGAACAGAGAAUGAGUCCGACGCAGUGGAUAGAAACCGUUCCCAGUAUCUAAUUUGACACUGAUAUCUUCGGGGUGUUGUCCAAAUAAAAGGAAGUAGCCUUGCGUGCAGCAUGCAUGAGAGCGGAUCGGAUGAUGCUGGAAAUGAACCAGCUGUCAGCGACACUGACGCCCACAUCAGAAGGUCAUCCAGACAGACCACCGUUGUGGAGCGACUCUCGAGGUAUGGCAUGCAAGUCAUGCCCAGCGCUUUCCAGCGUAGGUCGAGGCUGCAGAGACAACAAGAAGUGUCUGACAGCUCCGCACCGGGCACUCUCCUCCUCCAGAGAGACGCAUCGGAGAGAGGGUCGCUCACACCGGCUAUGCGUAAAAAAUACCUGAAAGAGCUGCUUCUGAGUAACUCAUCUCACAGCGGGUUCAGCACUGUGUUGACCUCCCAGACCUCCAGCGCGUCCUCGGAGCAGGACGUAAACUGGGCUUUGUAUCCGAUGGAGCACGCGUGGAUGAUUUCUGCGGUGGAGGGAAACUAUGAAACCAUACUGGAGUUUAUCUCUGAAGACCCCCAUCUGUUAACCAGGAAGGAUUUCAUCAGCGGUUAUUCUGUGCUCCACUGGUUAGCCAAAAGGGGACAGGAUGAGACUCUGGUGAAACUUUUGCGUUACGCGCAAAACGCGGGGAUCCCCGUGAAUGUGAACGUGCGGGGCAGCGGCGGGUUCACCCCGCUGCACGUCGCCUGCAUGCACAGCCACUACAUGGUCAUUAAACUGCUGGUCGGAGCUUUCAGUGCCAAUGUGGAUGCCAUGGACUACAACGGGAAGAGAGCCUGGCAGUAUCUGAGGGGAGACGCCCCUCCGGAGAUGAAGGAGCUGUUGGGGACCUGGGAUGAUGAACACAGUGGCGGGUGCGCGCAGCAAAACGUCAAUAAAAACGUCAACAACAACUGCGCCACGGCUAUGAACUUGACCCCCAGUGAUGAGGUCGAUCACGGGGAGACAGAUGAAGUGGACUUCUUUCACAGGACUAACAGGGGGGGCAGCUGGAGAAUGGGGCCUUUAAGGAAGCUGCUAUCCUCGUUUUCAUUUCUAGGAAACAAAAGGUGACUUUAAUGACAGACGCCUUCAAUUAUGUGCUGUAUUUGACAUUUAAUUCACCAGGAUAACACAUUCUGUAUCAAUACUGCUUUCCAAGAAUUUCUGGAAUAUAAAAAGGGCACCUGAGUAAGUUUUUAUUUUGUGAUAACUUUCACUGAAUCUAAUAAAAACACUUACUCCACAUGAUCUUUGCAUUUUUCUGACUGACACAGUUCUACUUGUGUCAACUCAAAUAUUAGUAACUGCUGACAUGGCAACUAUUUUUCCAGUUUUAGCUGUUUAAGUAAACAAUUCUUAGUUUGUGUUUCUUACUGCUUUAGCUUUUCUUGAAUACCAGUGUUGUGUUUGGCCCAAAUCAACAAAGCCAGACCUUCAAGCUAACUACAAAUAACCACAAUAUUCCAUGAGACGGGGAUUCAGAAGUGUUUGCUAUGUGGUUGGAGACUGAAAACCCAUCAGUGUGCUUCUUUCUGCUGAGCUGUGGCAGCUUGUGAUGU